GACAGUUCCAUUGGGCGAGUGGAGGGAGGCCAAGGACGUGUUCAUGCAUCGUCGACCGUUGCAGUACAUCCGUCCCCAGUCAAGCCCCUUCGCAAAUCCCCAGACCACCGAUUGCUGAAUCGAGGGCGCCGUCAUCUGUUUCUUUGUGCCGAUCCAUUUCUGCUAGCACGCUUGUUGAGAGAGACCACGUCUACUCCACUCUCAAAACCCCAUCGCGAGCUCCAUCGAGUCAACCCUCGCACCGCCGGCUCCCACGCCUGACCCGUUCCCAAGCACCGACGCUGUCCCGACGCUCCCAAUCGCCCAAUUGUCCCAAUCGCCCGAUCCCACAACCAUCCUCGCCCCAGCGAACACGCACGCACGAACGCACGAACGCACCCACCGCGAUCCCCACGCCGCUCCCAGGACUCAGCAAGCUCCUCGGCUGCCUGGCGCUGCAGUCGAUCUCCCCCCAGACCGCGAGUGCUGCCCGAUCCCAGUACUGCCCAGGAGAGGGCAUGCUGUUUUAAACAUGCGAAAGAGGGAGACACACCUCUAUGUCUCUCAGCACAAUGAACGGUGAUGGCAGUCUGGUUCGGUGUCUUGUGGAGAGGCUCACUACAAGGCUUCCGCACCGGACAGGCACCACCACCCAAGACCUCGCUCAAGAUGACAUCGUCCUCAUCACCCGUGCCACCCUGCUGAAAAUCAGCGCCGGAUCCAUCAAUGUCGUCCUCGAGGCCCUGAUGGGCCUGAUUGAGGACCUGGGACGACCUUACAAGGCUGGUGUCAUAUCCACCCACCCCCCUCACGUCCUUAUUUCCGAGAUGUAUAUAUUUGGCCUGAUUGCCGACUGCUGCACCAGCCAUUGGAAUGCAUUGGGUGAUGUGCCGCCGCACGCCGAGUCUUGGCGGAUGAGGAGUGCCCAGCGGGCAAAGUUGCCUCCUCCGCAGAUGCUCGACUCUGCCCUGGUGACGAGGGUCCUGGACAUUCUGAGGCUCUAUGCCCGACCCCUCCCCGAAGGAUACAGCCUGUCGACACAGACUUUGCUAGAUGAGUUCAACACCGAGCGCACCGUGGUGGCCGACCACCCUGAGCCCGCCGCCUCUCUGCCCCCUGCUGGCAGUGAGCAGCCCGUCGAGAGCCAGGCGCUAUUUGACGCCAAGAUCGAAAGCCUGGAGCGCCAGGGGAGGACCAUCGCCGAGUUCGUCAGUGCCUCGAAUUGGACGAGCGCGUUCGAGUACCUGAGGAAGCUUAUCUACAUGGUCCGAACUGCCACAUCCGCGCAGAUUGCAACAGUCCAAACACCGUCGAGCGCGGACGAGGAGUACACCGCACUCAUAGUGUUGCGGCUGAUUGGGUGUUUCUGGGUAGACAGUCAGAAGCUCGGCCUGGUCAUCCAGGAGAUCUGCUCCAGUUACCUCCACUUUCGGCGACCCUUCCAACAUACCAUUGCCAUUGUCACCCCGCUCCUGAUCACACGGUGGCUGGAUCGUUAUCCCGACGAGUUUGUUGAGUUGCACACGAUACAUAAGAGGUUAGAUGGUGGGCCAGAUACCCUCUUUGAUAUGACACAGACAGUCGUGCAUGACAACGGGAGGGCAGACUCGGUUGCCGAUGGUGUCAGGCGAAAGUUCUUACUCUACCCGUUGCAAAUCACCUUGCUUUUCCUCCUCCCUGAUGUGUUCGAAGUUGCCAGCAACUUGCGCGAGGCCAAGAGUGGUAGCAUGUCCAAGAAGGUUGCCUUUCUUGACAGUCUAAGGAAAACUCUCAGGAACAAGAAUGAACAGGCGGCCUACUGUCUCGUGCUACUUCUGCGUGCGGCCCGGCAUUUCGACCUCGAGAGUGAUUCGGCGUUUAUGAGCUACGCCCUGGACGUGCAGGAUGAGAUUCGAGACGCCGUUUUCCGUCGCAACAGCUCAGGCCCCGAUAGCGGGCUAUUUGACCAGGACAUCAUGACAGCUGCCUUUAUGAGCUUAACCGAUCUUAACUAUGAAAGCUGUGUCGAGUCCCUAGCGCCAUCCUGCCUUGCCCCGAACACUCCGCUUGGUUUCAAGAUCGCUAUAAUUCAGGCUUGCUCACACUUUGCUGGACUGGAGGAGGCAGAUCGUUACACGCAGCUCUAUACUAUUGGAUUCGAAUUCACGCUGGCACAGCUCAAGACCAUGUCAACGAUAUUUAUCAUGGGCGAUCACGGAUCUUCCCGCAAGGCCCUGGAGCUUAUUGACAACAACAGCAUCCUCCAUCACAUCAUCUCAUUCCUCUGUGUCUGUCCACUUGACGUUUUUGUGGCGAUCCCAGAACACAAGGACAAAGAUGAGUACUUUGAAGAGAGCUUCGAGUCCUUCCUGCCCUGCCUGGUCACCGCCAACGAGGAAGUGCGCCGAUUGGCCGAGAAGGUCGUGGUGCGCGUGUUCAGCAACACAUUCAUCAUGGAGUCUCUCCAUGCGUCGAAAAGGAUACGCUCUCUUGCGUUCAAGCAAAAGUUCUGGAAACUGACCUCGCUUGUUCUAAGCGACCUCUUCGACAAGGUCGACUCUCAGGAUCUUGGCGCGGGCAUCAAUGCCAUUCACGGUUAUCUUGAGUCUAGACUUGUUUUGUUGCGCAAACUCGCGGAACUGGCCAACCUGCCCGAAGAGGUGCCCGAGAGAACGGCAAUAAACAUCAGGCUCGAGACGUUAUUGUUAGUCUCCCUGUGCUCGGCGAACCUCGAGACAUGUCAACUGGUUAUCAGCUGCUUCAAUCUAUUCUACGAAGAGAGCCACAUUAUUGAGACCGCCUCCUCGAGUACCGCGAAGACAGCAUUGUCCCUCCUUCGAAACGUCGAAAUUUUUCGCGAAAUUGGCUCUCGCUCGUUUCGCUUCACUGGUCUAGUCGCCUUCCAGAAAAGAAUUCGCGGCCUACUCCGGCGAACACAAGAUCCGAGCGCGGGUAUACUGGAUGCGUGGGCCCUAGCAUUUGACAGGUGGUUGCAUCUAUCGAGAGAUGUGUCGACCGCUGCUCUCGAGACUACAUCCGAAGUGGCUGUCGCCGAGUGGCGUAACUACUCUGGCUUCCUGGCCUCACUGGGAGGCGUCUGCGUAGCUGACCAAACCGCGAUUAUUGACAACCCAUCUCUUGGCGGCCUGAAAUGGAUCGACAAGCUGUCUUCUGAAAAUCAGGAGGAGCCGUUGCUCAAUAGGUACCUCAGGCUUAGCAUCCAGCUCCUGGCUUGCAGCAACGUACGUGUGAGAGAGACAACUCGGGAAGUCCUCUCCUCGGAGAUCUCACCAGCGUUAUACCAGCCGCUCUUCAAGGCCCUCGAGUCGGAGCUGGAUAUCCUGUUCACAGGUGCAUUGGAGUCAGCUGUCAAAGGCCUUGACAGUGAAAUCAUUUUCGCCGAGCAGUCCAUCUCGCUGCUUCGCGCGCUGGUCGAUAGACUGGACGGCCCGUCCGACUUGGGAGCAGCAUCGUCUGUGCAUCUGGGUGCUCUCACGCUGAACUUUGCCAAAUUUCUUGACGGCGUUCCAGACACCAAGAACAGUCUCAUGGUCAAGAUCAAAGUCUGCCAGCUUUGUGAGGCUGUCGUAAAGAAGAAGGAGCACCUGAAUCUGAGGGAUGAUGUUCGCAUCCGCAAUCAACUCCUAGAGUACAUAUUCAGCUGGAUCGCGAGGCCACGCUCCCCACGGGCGGAGUCAGCCGCGGCCUUCGGGCCUGCGCGGCCUGACGACUCAUUGAGAAUCCAGAGAGACCUCGACAGGGCAUGCCUCAGGUCGCUGGCCGAGCUGACUUAUCGUCUCCCCCUGCAACCAGGCGAUGCACAGUCAGAUGUCGGAACAAGUGAACUCAAGUCACAGAUGUUCCACACUUACUUCAACCGGUUCCUGUCGCUCUUGAACCUGGAGUCAGCCGAGGCGAGCAGGCACGAUCACGGCACAAUGGCCAGGGACGACAGCAUCACGAGCUCUGAACUUGCGAUCACCGUUCUUUCCAAUCUGCUCAGUGCGAACAUCGACGUCGGCCUGAAGCAUUCUUUGAGUAUUGGUUAUCACGAGAACGUCGAGAUAAGAACAGCUUUUGUGAAAGUCCUCUACAACAUCCUGAUGCAAGGCACUGAGUUCAAUAACCUGUCCGACACUGCCGUCACGGAGAAGUAUGACGAAUUGCUGGAUCUUCUGACGAGUGACACGACUCUGGCAGCUGCUAUCAGCGCGGUCUGCCCCAGCAGCGAGGUCGACGAGGUGACAAUAUCGCUCCUGAACAUAUUCGAGACACGGGGCAUGAGCUUCGCCCUGCUAGAAGCUCUCGUCAAGCAAGAAAUCGAGGAUACGGAGAACGAAUCUGAGCUGCUCCGGAGAACUUGCGUGGCCACAAAGAUGCUCACUAUCUACGCAAAGUGGAAGGGCACCGCCUACCUGAAAGCAACAUUGCAAAAAGUCGUGGAGAGGCUCAUGCUGACUUCUAAGGACCUGGACCUGGAGCUCGACCCAGCCCGUGUAGCGUCGCAGGAGGAGCUCCAGAAAAACGCGUUGCAGCUACGUAUAGUCGCCAAGGUUUUUAUUGACGAUAUUUGCGCUUCAUCGGCAAACAUACCGUCGCCAUUCCGGAAGAUCUGCAGCAUCAUAUCGACGGCAGUCAUGCCGAGAUUCCCUGAGGCUAAAUACACUGCCGUUGGCGCCUUUAUCUUCCUCCGGUUCUUCUGUCCAGCUAUUGUGGCACCUGAAGUCGAAGGCUUGGUUUCAACUGCUCCGUCCAAGGAAAUGCGUCGAGGCCUUCUUCUCAUCGCGAAAGUUGUCCAAAAUUUGGCCAACAACGUGCUUUUUGGGGCCAAGGAACCGUACAUGUUCCCCCUGAAUGACUUCCUCACGCAGAACAUAUACAGGGUGACGACUUUCCUGAGAGAGAUUUCUGUGUCGCCUGAGAAGACGGAUCCCCCAAGCACGAAUGAAUCCUUCGACUUUGGCUCCUGUGUUGCUCUACAUCGCUUUCUUUACGACCACUGGGACCAAGUCCGACAGCGCCUAGCCUCUCAGGAGAGGAGAGAUUUUGUUCGAACUCCGGCUGAGAUCUCCCGCAUGCGGUCUCCUGUCCUUGAGCCCCUCAGGAAUCUGAUCUCGCAUCUUGGCCCACCAUCCCUGGCCGUUACUUGGAACAGGCCCUUGAUCUCAGCCAACAGCCCACCAGCUUACUCUCGUUUCCAAAACUUCAUGCUUCGGAAUGCCUUCCGCAGUACCGAAUCAUUCGUCACGGCAAGGGCUGUGUACGAUGGCGGAGAGAGCAAGGAUGGUCUGUCAAUCAUCUGUAUUAUCUUGAGGAAUAUCGACGACGAGAAUAUUGAUUAUGACACUCUGAUAUACUGCUACUUGAAGAUCGCCAGCCGCCUGUGGCAUCGACCUUUCGGACUACUCAUCGACGCGACCUGUUACAAUGGACAGAAUGAUGAGCCCCAAGAUGAGCUCUUCCACAAGCUGGAACUUCUUACUCCAACGGAGCUGUCGAAGCAGCUUAGUCGCGUCUAUAUCUACAACAUGAACAGUGCAUUCCGCAAAUGUCUACGUCGUGUUCUCCGAGUUUCAACUAGAAAGGAUGCAAGUGUCUUCAACCCGAACAACAUAGAGUACCACCUCGUCGGCAGCAUCAAGGAGCUGCAAAAUCAUUUCCACUUCAACCAGCUACACCUACCAAAGGAAACAAUUAGCGUCUUUGCAGACACGCGCUACGACUUCAAGCCAGUCGUACGGCUGUCUAAAACGAAAGGGAGGAUCGCCUGCCGGGUCAUGGUUGGCAGUCAAUUCGUUCAGAUAACGACAGCCGAGAAACAGGAAGUGCACCCUAAUUUCCGCCUCAGCGCAACGAUCAACGAUAUUUUCCGGCUCGGCGACGUCGACGAGGCGCCUACGAAUGUGAAGCCCGACGAUGAAUCCGCAUUUGGCCUGCGAGCGGAUAAUGGCAAAAUCAUCAUGUACUUCACCAGCCCUAAAAAGGCGGAGAUUUUACAGACAAUUCGCGCUGCGAAAGCCAAGUACGGCAAAGACACACGCUCGCUGAAGUCAUUUGAAAGACUCAUCCGGCCACAAGAUGUGCCGGGUACGCUUUUGAAUCUUGCCCUGACAAAUUUGGCCAGCCCGGACCAUGUGUUGCGGCUCUCUUCAUACAAUCUGCUGGGCGCCCUGUGCAAAGCCUUUAACUUCACGGUUGCAUCAAAGGUGGUGUGCACACGAGAUAUCGCGGUGCCGCUCGAUCCGUCACGGUUCAUUGUGGAGAUCAGCAAGACACUCGCCCAAGCUGAGCCUCAGCUCACGUCCGAUUUCCUCAACGAGUUUUUCGUCGGCUGGGAUAGCUUCUCCGAGGAGCAGAAGCCUUUGAGCCUGGCGUAUCUCGCGCCAUGGCUGCCAGGCCUCCGCUCCUCGGUGCUGGCGGCCGAGUCCGACAGCGACAAAGGUCGCGACAAGAUUGCGAGUCUGUUCCGAAAGCUUAUAGAUGUGACGCUGUCCGACCCAACUUUGAGCUUCACGUUGGAGCAGACCAUCUGGCCGGCCAUUCAGGGAGACGAGGUCCUCCUCGACAUCUUCCUCGAAGAAGUAAUCAAGACGGCUUUGAGUAUAGGUCUCCACGAUGAACAGACCGAAACAUUGACAUCGAUAGUUACGGCGAUUGGCAGCAUUACACUACGCGGCAAGAUCAUUACCCGUCUACGGAAGGCCAUGAACCGAUCUUCGAUGCGGCAGAGCAAGUAUCUGCCUGACAACGUGGUCUGGCCAGAGGUCUGCAUUCUGCUACAAUUCUGUGUAUCGCUGUCAUUUGACAGUGGGAUACAGGCGCAGAUGUUCUUGCCCGAGAUUUUUCACAUCGUGACGAUGCUUGCGAAUACCGGCUCGCCUGAUAUCCGUAUACUGGUGCAUAGACUACUGGUCAACUCCAUCCACGCGGCCUGCACGUCGUUCCACCUAGACGAGACGCGCCAGGCCAAGCUCAAAAGCAUCCUCGAGUCUUUGUCUGAGACCAGGACUGAAAUCUGGAGCAUCACGCCCGCAUUUCCUGGACGCGAUGGGGCAUCAAUGUCGACGACACAGGAAUACGGCCCCAACCUGGCGGCGACGGAAAUCUUGGCUGGUAUUAUGUUCGAGGUAUGCUCUGUCGCAGCCAUUUCCACGGACAUUGCCAAUGCUUGGCGGUCGCGCUGGAUGAGCCUCGUGGCCAGUACUGCCUUCCAGAAUAACCCGGCUAUCCAGCCCCGUGCCUUCUCGGUAAUGGGCUGCCUCGCAAGAGAGGAGGUGGACGACGAUCUUCUGUACCAGGUUCUCGUCGCACUACGGAUCAGCAUCACCCGCUUUAGCGGCGAGGACAGCAGCAGCGAGAUGCUGGUGGCGAUUGUCACAGCGCUUUCCCGGAUGAUGGCGAAGCUUCCGUCGACCUCCCGUUAUGGUGUGCAGUUGUUUUGGCUCGCUACGUUCCUUCUGAGGCUUGUCCCAAUUAAUCUGUUCAACUGUGCAGCGGUUUUCUUGGAGUCGGUGCUCACAAACAUCAACACCUCCGGGGACACCCGCGGCCCCAAGCUCGUGGCGCACCUCUUGCAAGGCCGCGAGCAGCUCGAGGAGGUAGCGCUCCCACUGGAUGCGUUCUACGGCAUUCAAUUUACUGCCGAGAACUUCCACUUUGCAGUCUGCGCAUGUCUGGUCCGGGGCCUGUCAGACACCAUGACCAAAGCUACGGCCCUACAUGUGCUCGCUACGUUCCUAGACAUGACGGAGACUGCCCCGAUUCCGAUUGACGGGGCAGAAGCCUCUUCCAAGAAACUAAAGGACGUCCCUUACUCCCCAUACCUGUCACUCAUCCUUUCGAGGGUGGUGACACCGGACGAGCUCAAAGACACCCUCUGGCUGGCAGGCAUCAAGCCACCGUCCAGCAUGGCGGGCGUCCAAAAGGGGCGGACCCCUGAGAAACUCAGCACGGUCAAGGACAAGGACUUGCUGCUGAACUCGGCGAUCGAGCUCAUCGACUUUGGAUACCUGGAGGACGCGGUACAGAGCCGGACGCUGCAGUGGAUGAAUGAGCUGGCGAUUGGGCGCCCGAAUGUCAUCCUGCACCUUUGCGGGCCGAUACUAGCAAUCCUGGACGAGACGCUGCUGCACUGUCAGAACUCAGCGACGCUCGAGUCGGCCCACAGCCUCUUGCAGACAUUGACGUCGAACGCCAAGUUUGCCUCGGCGAUGGAGUCUGGCGGUGCGUCGGGGCUCAACGAGAUCCUGGACGACAUGGGGUUCGGAGGCCUCUGGCGGUUCUGCUCCUUGAACCCGCAGCAGGAGCCAGACAAGGCGUGCUUCGCGCAGACAGAGAAGUUGAUCGAUGUGAGUAGUGGCCAACCCAAGCCCUCCUUGACGCCCGGCUUGCCACCCACCGAGUCGGACAAGACAUGCUAAUAUUACUGGCCAAUAGUUGAUAAUUAAUGCUGGAACAUACUGAGGCAGCUUGAGGUUGCCCAAGCCCUUGAAGACCUGGUCUGAACCGCACGCACGACCGCAGCGACAGGAGCUUUGUGGCGUGGUGAUGCCCUGGACCUGCCUGUGCAACCAAUGUAUUUGUUAUUUAGAAGGAGAAAAAAAAAAGCGCAAGGGAUGCAUUGGCAGGGACUGGGUUAGAAAGGGCGGCAGGUGAUGUUUUGGAUAGUCGUGGAUGUGGAUGUUUGUACGCACAGAGAUAUCCUGACGAUAGAGUCGAUGCGUGAAUAGUUAUUGGGCCGUCGUGUGCAUUGCGUGUUGUGCAGGCGAUGCAUCAGGUUGCAACGUUGGAGGCUGAAGGCCAUGAGGGCAGUGCGCACGCACCCAGGCCUGUUUCCGCUUGAGUGCGCGAGGCUGUCCUCCUGUCUACCACAGUACAGUACCACAUGCACAUGCAGGUCAUACGUGAGUGAUGAAACUUGCCUACUUUGGCAGGUUGCGCCGGGCAGUUCAGCUUGGAAAUCCAUGAAAAGGGUGUUUGUUGCCACCAGCCCUAUAUGCACAGGCCUAUCUUGUCUCCCUCCCGAGGAUUAGAUGUUUC